CAGGCCCAAUGUAUUACAAAGGAUUGUACCAUCUGUUCUACCAGUACAACCCAAACGGGUCUGUAUGGGGCAACAUAGUUUGGGCCCAUUCAGUUUCUAAAGAUAUGAUCAACUGGAAACAUCUAAAGCCCGCAAUCUACCCGUCAAAGCCGUUUGACCAGUUCGGGACAUGGUCCGGAUCUGCCACCAUCCGACCCGGAAACAAGCCCGCGAUAUUAUACACCGGAAUCAUCGAUAACAAACAAUCUCAAGUCCAAAACCUGGCCUACCCGGCCGACUAUAACGACCCGUUUCUCCAGGACUGGAUCAAACCGGACCACAUCAACCCAAUCGCAGUACCCGAUCCCACAAUCAACAAAACCACUUUCCGUGACCCGACGACGGCCUGGUUGGGGAGGGAUGGACGGUGGAGAAUGGUGGUGGGUAGCAAGAGAGGGAAUAGGAGAGGAAUGGCAUAUUUGUACAGGAGCAGAGACUUCGAGUAUUGGGUCAAGGCGAAACACCCGUUGCAUUCAGCUCCGGACACGGGGAUGUGGGAGUGCCCGGAUUUCUUCCCGGUUCGGGCUCAGGGGAAAGCGGGUGUGGACACAGUCUUAAUGGCCGGCAGGGAGGACGUGAAGCAUGUUCUUAAGGUGAGUUUAGAUGAGACUAGGUACGAGUAUUACACCUUGGGGAAGUAUCACGAAGAGAAGGAUAAGUACAUUCCUGAUAACUCUUCCGUUGAUGGCUGGAAUGGGUUAAGGUUUGAUUAUGGAAACUUCUAUGCAUCCAAGACUUUCUUUGACCCGAGCAAGAACAGAAGGAUUCUCUGGGGUUGGUCUAAUGAAUCUGUUGCCUCCCCGGAUCAGCUUGCGAGCAAGGGUUGGUCUGGAAUUCAGGCAAUCCCACGAACAAUCUGGCUGGAUCCUAUGGGGAAACAACUUGUACAAUGGCCCAUUGAAGAAGUGGAAGCCAAUAGGGAGAACAAAGUUGAAUUGAAAAACCAAACGCUGAAAAUGGGAGAAAAGAUUGAAGUUAAGGGAAUCACACCUGCACAGGCUGAUGUUGAGGUGAUUUUCUCAUUCCAAAGCUUGGACAAAGCAGAGUCGUUUGAUCCCAGCUGGGAUAUCUAUGAUGCUCAGAAGCUAUGCAGCAUAAGGGGCUCAACCGUCCAAGGUGGUCUUGGUCCAUUUGGCCUUGCAAUUUUAGCUUCCAAAAACUUGGAAGAGUUCACUCCUGUUUCCUUCCGAGUUUUUCGGAACCAAGACAAGUACAAAGUCCUCAUGUGCUCUGAUGCAACCCUGUCAAUCUUGAAUACCUCAAGAAUCUACACACCCUCAUUUGCUGGGUUCGUGGAUAUAGAUUUAACAGUGGAUAAAAAAAUCUCACUUAGGAGUUUGAUUGAUCAUUCAGUAGUGGAAAGCUUUGGCGCGGGUGGAAAAACAUGCAUCACUUAAAGAGUUUAUCCUAUGCUGGCGAUCAAUGACAAUGCUCACUUGUUUGCAUUCAACAAUGGCACCGAGCCAAUUACUAUACAAACUCUGACUGCGUGGAGUAUGGGCCGUCCUAAAAUAUACUAAGUUUUGCACAUACAUAUAUAUCUUGUGUAAACUCGAAGUUGAGAGUAUGCAUUUAGGCUCCAUUCUCAUUUUUUUUAGUUUAUCCCUGAUCUUCUUAUUAGUUACACUUUUCCUUUUAGGAUGUCUCACUAGUGUCACUAUCCUUUAAAAACCCUUUAGAGUUUUUGUUGUCAUUUUAGACUUCUUGAUUCAUUUACUAUUUACUAAGUAUAAUGGCAUUCGUUGAAAUUCUGACUCAUAA